ACCAAUUACCAAGUCGGAAUCUUUGGGUAUGGUCAAUACACAAGAUGAAUUGCGAAGAUUCGUUUAGUAACAAAGUGAACUUGCCUCUCACAUAUUGCUUGCCAAUAUCACUAUAAGAACCGUACCCUCCUUCUUGACAACAGGAACAGUCUUCUGCAGCAUCAAUCGUACAAGUACAACAGCAACACUUUUACCUACCAACAGCAACAAUCAGCAGCACGAUGCCUACUCAAGAGGAGACAAAGAACCUGGAGGUUAUCCAGGAGUACUUCACUGAGUACUGGGGCAAAGGCAAUCCUGAGAUCGUCGACAAGCUCUGCGCUGAUGACUUCGUCAUCAACUACCCAAUGCAUGGCCCACGAUAUGGAAAGGAGAAUGCCAAAAAGAUGCUCUCGGAGUUCAAAGAGGCAUUUCCAGACAUCUCGUUCCAUGCCUACCAGCACCCGCUGAUUGCAAGCGGGCCGUAUGUGGUCGGUCGUUGGAUCGGAGGCGGUACCCAUACUGGAGUUGCUUUCCAUGAUCUUGCCGUUGGCGCGUUGGAGAAGGCCAAUACGGGCAAGAAGAUGUACUUCUCUGGUACGACUAUCUUCACACUCAAGGAUGGGCUUAUUGUGGAUGAAACUGGAGAGGAGGGAGCUUUGACGGCUCUUCAGCAACUUGGUCUGGUUCAGCAGCCGAAUCCCGGAAAGGAGGUCAAGUACCUUCACGAGUAACCAGGUCAAGAGGAAUCGGAGAGACCUUUGUCUUGGGGUGUCUACUUAGUUACCUGAGCCUCGGCUCUGGUCACAUUUUGUAAACAAAUC